CUCCUUAUGGGACAGAACCACGGGCUCAGCAUCUAGCAGCUUCCUGGGGGAGCUCCCGGCUGGCAUCGCCGCGCUGAGCAAACAGGAAACACUCGCCCUUUGUUAAGUCCUGUCCCCGGUUGCGCCUGGAAUAUUUUAUCUGCGAGCAGAGAGAGAGAGAGGCUGGUGCUGGGAGGCAGGGCCGGAGGCUGCCCUCACCCACCCCAGGGACAGGACGUGGGGACACCGAGGGUGGGGAAAUACUUCUGCCCUGUCGUGGUUUUUGGCCUCGGGGAGGCUGGGUCCUUGGCAGAGAUCCCGGCUUGGCACUGCCCGGCGCUGCUGCCACCUGCCCGGGCAGGAGGACACCGGUCCCAGCCCCGUCCCACCGGGAUGAAAGGAUGGAGGGUGGGAUGAAGGGGCUUGGGCAGCCCCCAGGCACCAUCCUGGGACCCCCGGCCAUGGCAGGACAGCUCCUGCCCCCUGACACCAGCCAGGCUCUGGGCACAGAGGACAUGUCCCCCUUCCACCCACCACCCCGGGUGACCCCACAGCACAUGGCAACACGGGUCCCUGUCAUCCGCCACCGUGGCUCCAACACCCUGAAUUUUGACUUCCACCACCUGGACACUCGUGGCACAGCCGAGCGUGGCCGAGUGCCCCGCAGGAACUCAGUGAGCGACUGGUACCAGACGUGGCCAGCCAAGGAGGUGAAGGCUCCCAGCACCCCCUCACCCACUGGCCCCGUGGCUGGCCCUGGGGAUGGCCCCCCUGCCCCCCGCUUGCCCACGGGCUGGUCGGCCACCUGGACCAAGGACAGCAAGAGGAGGGAGAGGAGGUGGGUGAAGUACGAUGGCAUCGGGCCCGUGGAUGAGACUGGGAUGCCCAUCGCCUCACGCUCGAGUGUCGACAGCCCCCGCGACUGGUACCGCAGCAUGUUCCGGCAGCUCCACCGCAGGCUGCCAGAGCCAGACUGGGACCCCCACCACUGCCCCACGGGGGAGUGCAGCCCCUCGCCCACCACAGUGCCCCCCUCCCCCCCCCGACCCGCGGAGGAAAGGACCGUCGCCAACCAAGUCUCCCGGCAUUCCCAACGGGCUGGACUGGACCGGCUGGGGGGACACCGGUGCCACCGCAGAGCCUGGCAGCAUUUUUGACUAUGAACCUGGGAAAUCCUCAGUGCUGGAGCAGGAGCAGCAGGUGCUGCUGGCACAGGAGCUGGAGCAGCUCAGCAAGGAGCUGGACAAGGAUAUGAGGGCCAUGGAGACACGUCGGC